UUCCUGGACAAUUGUAGGAGUUGCUGCCCUCAUUCUGCUCCUGGUAGCCCUGUUGGCUCGAGUUCUUGUCAAAAGAAAGCCACCUCGGGAUCCACUGUUCUACGUGUAUGCGGUCUUUGGAUUUACCAGCGUGGUGAACCUCAUCAUAGGGCUAGAGCAAGAUGGCGUCAUCGAUGGCUUCAUGACCCACUACCUGAGAGAGGGUGAGCCCUAUCUGAACACUGCCUACGGGCACAUGAUCUGCUACUGGGAUGGCUCUGCUCAUUAUCUGAUGUACCUGGUGAUGGUGGCGGCCAUAGCGUGGGAAGAGAGUUACAGAACCAUUGGCCUGUACUGGGUUGGAUCUAUUAUUAUGAGCAUUGUUGUUUUUGUGCCUGGAAAUAUUGUAGGGAAGUAUGGAGCACGAAUAUGUCCUGCUUUUUUCUUAAGCAUACCUUAUACUUGUCUUCCUGUCUGGGCAGGUUUCAGAAUCUAUAAUCAGCCAUCAGAAAAUUAUAAUUAUCCUUCCAAGGUUAUCCAAGAAGCUCAAGCAAAAGACCUGCUGAGAAGACCAUUUGAUUUAAUGCUAGUCAUGUGUCUCCUACUGGCAACUGGAUUUUGCCUGUUUAGAGGCUUGAUUGCUUUGGACUGCCCGGCUGAACUCUGCCGACUGUAUACACAAUUUCAAGAGCCCUACCUAAAGGAUCCUGCUGCUUAUCCUAAAAUUCAGAUGCUGGCGUAUAUGUUCUAUUCUGUCCCUUACUUUGUGAUUGCACUUUAUGGCCUAGUGGUUCCUGGAUGUUCCUGGAUGCCUGAUAUAACACUGAUACAUGCUGGAGGUCUAGCUCAGGCCCAGUUUUCUCACAUUGGUGCUUCUCUCCAUGCUAGAACUGCUUAUGUCUACAGAGUCCCUGAAGAAGCGAAAAUCCUUUUUUUAGCAUUAAAUGUAGCAUAUGGAGUUCUUCCUCAGCUCCUGGCCUAUCGCUGUAUCUACAAACCGGAGUUCUUCAUAAAAACAAAGUCAGAUGAAAAAGUGGAAUAAAAAUGUUGUAUCAUGUUUUUCCUCUCUAGAUUACUGACUUUUGUUACACUGGCAUUGAUUAUUUUCUCCAAUUUCACUCCCUUCUCAAACACAAAUACUUAAGAAAACACAAAUUCUUGCUCUGCACUGUAUAUGUGAGCUGUAACACUGUAUUAUAUGGUUAAAUUUUCUUUUGUUUUUGGAAGGAAAACUGAAGUUUUUGAGAAACAGCUUGUUUAAACAGAUACAUCAAAAUUGUGAAUAAACCUGAUCAUGUAUCUCAAGAUUCUGUUUGUACAUAUGAAAUAAUUAUAAGUGUGAAAAAUUACAAUUUAGUGCCUAUAAUAGCAUGAAACCAAAACUACUCAGAAGCGAAUGUGUUCUAUACAUAUAAAAAAUUCAAAACAGCAAUCACAGGUUGGAGAAAUAACUUUUGCAUAAAAGACUGUGUAUGCCACAUUAUCAACCUCAGUUUAAAGGGGAGAUCAUCAGAGUAUUUUUAACUGUUUGAAAAAUGUUUUCCAAGGAAAGUUUAUUAUUUAUUGUCUUAAAAACUGCUUUCACAACAAGUUCUUUUGUGUGUCAAUCUAAAUAGCUGAAGCAAGAUCAAUUAGCUUUAUCAUUACCCAUAAUGGACACUUGUUUUGCUGGUGGCUGGGAAUAUUUGUAUUGUAUUUCUGCAUAUAUUUUUAAUAAAAUUGUUUAUGGCCUUUUAUGAAAACAAA